AUGAACCCGUUUGUUUUUUCCCUUUACGUGGCUGCUACGGUGUCUCUCUCGCUAUUGUUUGAUUGUGCUGCCGCGUACUGUCCGUCUAACGGUAACACACAUGCGGUUUACGUCACCUCGAAUGCCGCAGAUAACAUCUGGGCCUUUGACACGGAAGGACGGUUUAUAGGCAACGUGUUGAACAAGGAAUCUUUCCCCGUGCGCGUGGAGAAGUUGCGCGAUAUGAAGUUCGGCCCGGGGGAGCACUUGUAUAUCGCUAGCGCGCGAGGGAAAUUUAGUCGCAUCUUCGCCGUCUCAGGGAAUGGUGUUCUUAAUGGGACACUCGGAAAAAACUGUACUCGUGACUACCUCUUUACCGUGGCUGAGCAAGACGACAACAAUCCAAUGCUUGAUCAUCCGUAUGCCAUAGUCUUUAAUCCUGAUGACGAUUCACUGUAUGCAUCCAACCAGAACAGCGUCACUGUUGCGAGAUACACGCGCGUUGAUGACGGAAAAGGCAAAUAUCCACGCUGGGAACCUGCUGAAAAUUCUGUGUUUGCUCUCACGAACGGUUCCGCGGCAUCAAAGAUACCGAAGAAAGUCGGAUUGUUUGUUUCCCCAUGGAGUAACGAAUACGCAUUGCUCUCUGUUCGAGGGCUAGCCAUUUCUCCCCCGCUUCCCCGCUUCCUUGUGGAGCAAGCGGCACCCGCUGGAAGUUUCGCAACGGGGGAGGGCCUCCUCGCUCGCUACCUUGUAUUGUGUGAUAUUGCUCUCAACAAAUUGCUGGUGUUUUAUGCUGACACGGGAGCGUAUGUUUUCUCGAUAACUGUUCCAUCACCGGUGCAAGUGGCGUUCCCUUCUCGGUACUUUAAGCCCAUUGAAUCGCCUGCAUCGUACUUCGAGGUUCCACACAUGUAUGUAACGAGCAAAGAGGAUGGCAUGGUCUAUCUUGUACCCCUCGUGGGAAAGUCAUCCCCAGUGGCUGCAAGUGACUUUAACACCCCUCAUCAGCGGCAACCGAGUUAUCCGGUCACAUCACCGGUUUUCAUGCAUGCUGCCAGCGGUAUAUAUGAAAAUCCUUCACAUGAUCUACUGUUGAUAGCCGAUCGUGUGGGUCGAUCAAUCAUGUCUUAUGUUUCUCCGUUUAGGUCGGGCGCCACAGAAGGCGAAGGCCCUUCACCCUUCCUUGGCUACUUUGUUAGGGCGUUACCGGAUAUGCCAGAAUUUGUUUUAACCACGGCGGUGGAGCAACAGAGCGCCAUCCCCUUUUGUUACGAACUUACAGGGGAUGGAACCUUCCGAUAUGUGGCAUUAUGUACUGCGGCGUACAUAUGGACUACGGUGGCCACCAUUUUCUUUGCACUACUCUCUCUGAUAUACACAACCCGCUUGUGUAAGGGCUGUGUCCGUCGUCUGAAGAGCAGCUACAAGAACUACUUUAAGCAUAUGGGAGCACGAGAGGCUGAGGAUGUUGAGCUUUUGCAACAUGAAAUUAACAGUGGAUACGGAACGAACAACUGA